GGUGGAUGCUGGGGAGCCGGGGGGACCUCAGACCAACGCGUGCGUACCACGUUGUCGCCUACCGUAGUACCUGCUGUCUGUGUUGGUUACUGAGUGUUAAGUUAUAUUGCAGACUUUAGAAGCAUUACCUUAGCUGGGCCUAACAGUUACACAAAGGUCCCCAGCAGAACUCAGCACAUAUUUGAUAAUGAAGAAGAAAGCAAAUAAGAAAACUGAAGUCAAGCCAGAUCCAGUCGCAAAGAGUCCAGACAAAACAAUUACCAAAAAGAAGAACAAGAAAAAGAAGAAGAAGAAUUUAGCAAAUAUUAAUGACUCUGUCGAGGAACUUAAAGCCAAUGUAACUGUUGUUGACGCGUCCGCCAUUCCCAAGAAAAAUAAGAAGAAGAAAAAGAAAAAGAAGACACCAGGAAAUACCCAAGAAAAUGGAGACACAUCUGUUGUUGCCGAGAAAAAUCAAAAUAAAGAAAAUGGAGACGUGACAAUUGCUGAAGCUCCAGGUAUCAAGAAGAAGAGGAGGAGGAAUAAAAAGAAGAAAUUAGGAGGUAUAGUGCAGAAUGGAAACACAUCUGCAGAUGCUGAGAAAAUUGAAAAUAUGGAAGGUGUCGAAGAAAAGAAAGACACGCCGAUGACUGACGCUGCAGAAGUGAAUGGGGAUUCAUCUGCAGCUCCUGGGAAGAACAAAAAUGUAAACACUGAAGAAAAUAAAGACACUGCAAAGGCUGCACCAAAGAAGAUAAAGAGAGUGACAAAUGAUGAGGAAAAAGAGAAGGACACAAGAACAGUGUUUGUGGGAAAUGUGAACAUAAAAACCAAGCGUAAAGAAAUUAGUCGUCUCUUCAACAAAUAUGGGAAGGUAGAGGCGGUGAGAUUCAGAAAUGCAGCUGUACCUGAACCCCAGAAAAGCAAAAAAGAAGCUGUUAUCAAGAGUAUCUUCCAUGAAUCACGUUCCUCUCUCUCCGCUUAUGUGCGUUUUGAGACCGUUGAUAUGAUGGAAGCUGCGUUGGAAGCAAAUGGUAUAAAGUUUAACGAGAAGCACCUGCGAGUUGACCGAGCUGUUGCUUCUGAUAAAAGAGAUGUAAAAUGUUCAUUAUUUAUUGGCAACCUUACAUUUGAAGCAGAAGAAGAGGCACUACGACAACACUUUAUAGACUGUGGUGAAAUAGAAAGUGUGCGUAUCAUCAGGGAUAAGAAAAUGGCUUCUGGUAAAGGAUUUGGUUAUGUUAACUUCAUGUCUCCAGAUUCAGUGGAGGUUGCAUUGAAUUUGAACAAAACACCUUUCAUGGGUCGCCUGCUUCGAGUGCAACGCUGUCUUGAAAAGGUCAAGAAGCCAAAAGAGAAGAAAUUAGGAUCACCAGCCAAAAAGGGUUUAGCUUUUAUGAAGCCUAUUCAGGGCAAGGAAGAAAAGACCAAGCCAAAGCCACAGGGAGACUUCUCUGGGAAAAAGAUGUUAAAAACCAAGGAGUUUAAGAAGGUGAAGAAGGCAAAAGGAAAACUCACCAAGACAGAUAAAAAGAAGUUAUCCGUAGCCCGUCAACUGACUGGGGCCAAGCCUAAGGUGAAAAAAACUUAAAUCACCUGUAAACGAGCACCAAACCUAAGGUGAAGAAGACAACUGAGACCACCAGUAAACGAGCACCAAACCUAAGGUGAAGAAUACAACUGAGAUCACCAGUAAACGAGCACCAAACCUAAGGUGAAGAAUACAACUGAGAUCACCAGUAAACGAGCACCAAACCUAAGGUGAAGAAUACAACUGAGAUCACCAGUAAACGAGCACCAAACCUAAGGUGAAGAAUACAACUGAGAUCACCAGUAAACGAGCACCAAACCUAAAGUGAAGAAUACAACUGAGACCACCAGUAAACGAGCACCAAACCUAAAGUGAAGAAUACAACUGAGACCACCAGUAAACGAGCACCAAACCUAAGGUGAAGAAUACAACUGAGAUCACCAGUAAACGAGCACCAAACCUAAAGUGAAGAAGACAACUUGAGCUCCAACUUAUUGAUAUCAAACUGGGAUGAAGAAGACACCUGAGACCUCCAAUUCUUCUUCAGUGUUUAAUAAUGAAUUACUGGACAGUGUUUAUAAAGAUUAUUAUCAAGUUAUCAUAGUUGUUAAGUAUUGUAUGAGGUGAUGCUGUACAGUAGUGCUAUUCACGGGGUUUAUUUUACUGAGAAGGCAAAUGGGUUUUUGUGGACUUGUUGUUUUUUUUCCUGUGCCGUAAUAUGAAAUGUAACUGGCUUUCUCUAAUGGUACAGACUUGAAUAUAUACAGGUAAAGUACAGUACAGUAUCCCUCAAUUUUUUUUAUUUUAGAUGGAUUAAAAAUAUGGGAUGACUUUUGAGAUGCAGAAUGAAAAUUUUUAUUAAUAGAAGGUUUUCCAUAAGCUUCUGGGGUUAAUAAAGAUGAAGAAAAAUAUAUAAAUAUUGCCAAACACUAAAUGAAAUACAGGUACAGGUAUCCCCGGGUUAUGGAAAUUCGCUCAUACGGAUUUUGUAAAGUACGACCAAUAAAUUCAGAAAAAGGACAAAAAAUUCGUCCUUGUGGAUUACUGUACAGGGCGAGGCAGGAGCCAGUGGUGCCCCUCCAUCUCCCUCACAGUAACUCCGAUUGCACCACCUCACCUGACACAGCACUCAACAUUGUUUGAAAUUCAAGGGUUUUGUAUGUUUAUUAUCAUAUUGUAUCAUAAAAUAAUUAAUCAAUGUAUGUGUUAAAAAAUUAUUUUCAUUCAUAAAUGUGCUUGUAUUACGUCUUUUGCCAAAAACAUUUCCUGGGGAACGCAUCUCUAAUUAUAUAAUGGAAGUCUAGGAAAAUUGGUUUCACGUUACGGACAAAUUUUCAAGGACACAUACCUUCUGUAACCCGGGGGAUGCCUGUACACAGUACUAUGUACAGUAGUAUAAAGAUAAACUGCCUGUAAACUAAAAUGACACAAGCCAUCUUGGCUGACUGGAUGGUACAGGAAGUCUACCACCGUAAGUGCUACUCUACACAGUUUUAAAGUGGAAUUUUUACUACAACUGCAUUUUUUAGUAGUGUAUUUAAUAUUAUUUCUUUUCUGUUGUAUGACCUUAAAUAUAUUUUCAUUGUCUUAGUGUUAAGUCUUUGGAGACAGACUUAGGCAAGGUUUGCUCUUGCCUUUUAAGGGUUACAUUUUGAAGAACCAGCAUCCUUUUUCUUUUCACUAGUCCCAUUUAAAGAAGGAAGUACAGUUCUGUAAUAUGUUGAUAAUACAGUAAAGGUAUUGCUCACUUAUUGUAAAUUUACACAUGUGAAAUACUUCCAACUGAGAAGAAUUAACAAGAGAUGACGCAUCAGUUGAUACCCGACUGUGAUCGGGGGAACACACACUCACCUUCCUAUAUAGCAAUCUUUACUACACCUUACAUAAGUCUUAUUUAUUCUUACAUGUAUUACAUGCUUAAUGUUUUAAUGUCAUAAGAUUGGUAAAACUGGUUGGAGAUGGUAGUGUAGUCAAACUGUUUUGGGGUGGUGGCAGCUGGUGAACCACAUAGAGGUGCAUCAGUUGACACAUGACUGAAAGAGAGAACACACACACAAACCUCUCACUUGUAUUUUAUAUUUUAUGUUUAUUUAUACUUAUUUAAUUGUUAAAUUUUUUUUUUAAUCUUUCUUUAUAAAAAACAAUCAAAUACAGUACAGUACCCUCAAAAUUCUUCCUUGAUACAUUGCUUCUUAUGGUAAAAUCAGUUUUGAUUAUGGAAUUUUUGCACAUCUCAAGGGUCAUCAGGAAGAGAAUCCUUCUGUAAACAAGGACUACGUUUCUGUAUAAUUGUACAUAGUUUAUAAAAAUAAGAUUUAGUUGACUUAGUAUGUUGCAGGGAAUUUUUUGCCCAUCUGAAUGCAUUUAUAAUUAUAUAAAUGAAGUGUAUGGAAAAAUAAGUUAGACAACAUUUCUGUAAGUUGAGGGAUCCUUCUACAGUAGUUAGGAUAUUUGUUUCUUAAUAACCUUAUGAUAAAUUUGUGAUAAUUACCUUUAUUUGCUUUAGAGACAAUGGAUUCAUUGUCAGUGACUAGAGUAAUAGAGUGGUAGUCAUUUUUAAUCUUGGCAAAAAAUCUGCAGCAAUAACUAUGCUUAUUCUCCCUUUCUAACUAAUUAAUUUUUCUUAGUUUUCCCUUGAAGAUAUAAUGGGAAGGUUAUUGCAUUUAUAAGUUAAUAUUGAAUCCACAAAAGAUAGUAAUUUUGUACACCAGUUAAAUCAUUUUAUUUUUGGCUUUAACCCUUAAAUACAGCCAUCAUCAUGAGAAGUUAGCUGUUGGGAUGGCAGCCAUUAUCAGUGGAAGCUCAAUGUUCCUUGUGUUCCAUUUUACAUGUGGGUGGGGUAAGGAAUCUUUAGCUGCCAAAUAAGGGUUAAAGAAAGAUGAAAUGAAUGUUCACGUAAGACCCUGGUGCAAUAAAUAAGAUGGGUGAAAGUUGUAGAAGACAGAAUACCUUAUGGACUAAAGUUAUACGUACUGAACACCUUAUGGACAAAAGUUUACAGACUGAACACCUUAUGGACUAAAGUUAUAUGUACUGAACACCUUAUGGACUAAAGUUUACAUACUGAACACCUUAUGGACUAAAGUUAUAUGUACUGAACACCUUAUGGACAAAAGUUUACAUACUGAACACCUUAUGGACUAAAGUUAUAUGUACUGAACACCUUAUGGACAAAAGUUUACAUACUGAACACCUUUGGUACUUGUACAAAAAACACAAGUUGGUACAAUCUGUUUGUGUUUCUUUUGGUGUGAACUAGUGUAGAGUAAAUUUGAUCGUUGAUA